GCGCAUCGCAAUUGCCGCUAGGACAACACACAGUUGGUUGGCAACUCGACGCCAGUUGUCAGUUGUCCUUGUUACACCGCCUGUCUGCCUGAUUGAGGUGGGCGCAGCGCAGCGUUGUGUGUGUUUUGUUGUACCACAAGCAAAUUUGUCUUGGCCCCGAUUGUAACACGUCCAACUCUUCAACUCCAAUCACAAAUAAGUGUACACAAUAAAAACGCGAGUGCAUUACAAAAAUAACUCCACAAUUCUCAUUUCGAAUUAAAAUAGAAACAAAGAAAAAUCAGUGCAAAAAGAAAUGUUUAAUUUAGCGAAGCAGCAGAAUUAACAGAAUCUGUAAAACUCUGAGAAGCUGAGAAACUGAAUGAAAGAAAGAAAGAUGAAAACAACAACUGGCGCUUGAAAACAACAACUCCGCCCUAUUUUAAGCUGCAAUCGUUUGGCAGGAGCAUGUGGCAGUGUCCCUGAUCCUGAUUCUUAGCCCUAUCACGGGAUGUCCAGCUGUAGUCAAAUAUUGCAAAUUAAUUAUAUUAGAAGAAUAGUUCAGAUUUUGCAUAGAGUAUGAGUGGAGCGGGAAAUGCGAGUGCUGUAGCUGUGGGGGCGGGGGCGGGUGCAGGAGAGAGCGCCGCCUUGCACUCUCUCGAUAGCUAUGAUGUGGUCUACGAUGGACAGGAGCAUGAUGACACUAAGAGCGUAUCACAUCUCGAUUGGCCAUUUUUAAUUAAGGGCAUCCUGGAGAGCAGCCAGACAUGUGCACCCACCACACCAGAUACGUUGGCCGCGUUGCUUUGGGCCAUCAUUGCCGUAUUUGGUAUUGUUUAUGCCCUAUUGGGCUAUAGAUGUCUUCGAGCCGUGGGCUUCCUCAGCGGAUUGAUGGUGGGCGCCAAUGGCAUAUUCAUAUUGCAGGACUUUCAGAUCACAUGGCUGGGCAAACCAGCGGAUUCGGCGCUGGCAAUUGUUGCCGGAUUAUUGGGUGCUGUCUUGGGCUCCACAUAUCCGGUGGCCUCUGUGCUGAUCAGCGCCUUUGCGGGUGCAUUACUCUCAGGAGCUGCAAUGGCCGUGUGUGUUGCCACCAUGCCCGACAAUGAGUUUGGGUAUCGUGAGAUAUAUGUGGCUGUUGUGGGAGGUGCUGUGAUCUGUUCAGUGCUGACGCUUUGUUGUGUCAAAUAUGUGACCAUAUUGACAUCCAGCAUUGUGGGCACGGCCAUGAUCAUUAGCGCCAUUGACUUCUUCAUGCAUGACCUGGAGACAGUUAAUUGGAUUCUCAACAUGAAACCGCAUCCGUUGCCGCCGCCUUGCUAUGGCGGAUUGCUGAUCACCGCCUGGCCGGUGACCAUUGUGAUCAGCAUUAUGGUGCAGUGCUUCAUUACCGCCUGGCGUGUGGAUCAUCGCAAGCGCAUCUAUAUGCGGCAUCAUCAGCAGCACGGCUCCCAUGGACCGCAUCUCACACACGGCCAGCAGCCGCCGCCGGGUAAUCCCCAUGUGCCCAUGAGGCGGGCACAAUCGCGCACAAGGGAAACACGCGAGGAGGCGAGACAACGCAAGUUCCGUUAUCUCUAUCAGGUGCGCACGGCACGUGGCGACAUCAUAUCGCAGAACUUUGUGUCGGCGCUGCAGAAGCGGAUUCAGUUGAGCGGCACAGAGACGCCAUCGGAGCGUUCGAUCAAGACCAGUUCAAAUGAGAGGAACACGUUCCGGAGCGAUCGCACCCACUUCACGACCAUCCACGAUCCCGAGCUGUGCGACAAGAUCGAAAUCGUGCGCGACAUUGGAUAACAAACAAGCAAUAGCUACAUGUAACUAUAUCCGUAAGGGGGCGGUGUGAUAUCAAUUGUUGGAUUUUGGGUCGGGGGCAAUAAUACGGAAUAGAGUUGGACACGGUUAUAGGAGCGAUAAAGGAUCUACGAUCUGGGAUCUACGAUCAUGUAGCUAAAGGUUAUGACAGCACCAGGCACAAAAAAAGCUGCAAUAUAACAAAAAAAAAAAAUAAUAAUAAUAAUUUAAAAUGAAGAACAAGCUUUAACUUGAUGCGAAUAAUUAAAGAAUUACAGCAUAUAGAAGAAGAUGAAGAAGAGUUAUACUCGUUAUAUUCUCGGUUGGUUUCCAGCGCACAACAACAUGAAACACUCGUCGUAUUGCGAGUAUUUCAAAAAUAUCUCGACUAUAUUCACUUAAAAACCACAACCAAGAAGAAGAAAAAGAAGCACAAAGAAAUUAAUAAUUAAAAAAAAUGAUAUGUAUGUACUAUAUGCAUUCCUAGCACUUUAAGAGCAUAAUAUUCCCAGUAAUCACUCUAUAUUCUAUAUAGUUAAGAUAAGAAACCUUAGUUUUUUUCAAUUCGCUAAAAGAAAAUGCAAAAUGUUACUAUAUCAAGACAUAAAACCAUGAUGAUAGAUAUUUGUAGCAAUGUUUGAUAUGUCAUAAUACUUUGGAUUCUAAAGAAUACCACGAUAUAUGAACAUAAAUAUAAAUAUAUAUAGAGAGACUACCGUUAAGUUGACUUCCGCAAGUAUUUGUAAUACUUGAAAUUUGAUUGAAAUGUAUAUCGCAGAGUGAUGAUGGGCCAGUUGGAAUCAAGCAUUGUUUCUUUUUCUUAUAUAUAGAAUCUAUAUAUAUAAUAGUAUAUAUGAAUAUCUAAGUUAAAUCGCGUAUUCCUCGUGUGCUGUCUAGAAAACUGGAACUAAAAACCUAUCUAAGCAAAAACUAAUACACAUUAACAAUAUUACUAA